AUGGGAAAUCACGAAAGCGUUAAGGCGAAACCGCCGCCAGAGAGGCCACCGAAAAAGAAACUUUCCAAGAAAGAGAAAGCGCGCUUAGAGGCCGAACAAGCGGAGUUGCUGCGCAUUGAAAUGGAGAAGGAGAGACAACGCAAGCUCGAGGAGGAACGCCAGCGCCGGCAAGUCGAAUUCGAACAAGCAAAGCGUCGGCAGAAGGAGGAAAUUCAAGAGAAUAAAAAACGACGUGCUCAACUGCGAAACAGUAUGGACUUCUUUAGUGAAGUACGCGAAGUCACAUCCGGUAUCAAAGCACUCGAGCAGGAGGAACGUGAUUGGGAGCGAUUUAUGCGCUGCAAUGGAUUGCCCAGCGCGAACAGUCCAAGCGAUUUGCGGCGCUACAUACAUCAAUGGCGUAGCGAUAUGGAGCGACGUGAACGCGAAUCACGCAAUUGGCUGUUAAAUACUAACGAACGUACACUACUCACGCAAGAUCUGGAUGCGCCGGAUUUAUCGCGUAAGAGUUUGCGUUUGCGGCAGGGCAAUGCGGGUGAUGUGUAUGCGCAACGUAUACGCGAGGUGUUGGGGAUACUCGCUGAGCUGGAUGAAGCGGUCACCGAUAAGAAGAAACCUGCACAUAUUAUCAGCGAUCUCAUCUGCUUAAAAAUGGAAAUACGCGUGCUGCUGAGCGAGCAUUUGGACGAGUUCACUUAUAAGACUAUGUCGCAUAUUGAUCGCGAUAUGGAGAAUGAUCGUCCGGGCGUCUUCAAACACAUCUACGAGUCCGACGUAUUCAAGAGUCACAUUUGGACUUUCUCAAAGGACGCCCAAAUAUCCGUUAACCCCAAGGCGCGCAUUGGAGAACAGGUUAUCAGCAAUGACAUCGAGUUCCCAGCACUGACACUACAAAUAGCACUACCAAUAUCCGUGGAGCUGCAAAACUCUGCGAUGCGUGGGCUCUGGCUGGACUAUGAUCAUUUUAGCGACUACUGUGAGAGUUUCAAUCCGAAGAGAGCGCUACCGGAACACAUAAAUAUUCUACGCUAUACUAAGAAAGAGUGGCACAAACGUAAAGACAUCUUACAAAAUAUGCUUAAAGACUGCACUAUGGACAGUCCGCUCUCCACAGGCGCUGCCGAUCAAGACAGCUCAACUGGAGGUAAACGCGAACGCAGUUUUGACGUUGAUAAAAUCUAUACCGAAUAUGAGGAGGAACUAAAUAAGGCACGAAGACGUGCUAUCGGUCCAGAGGGUUAUGGGCUCGCCGAAACCGAUGUGAAUCUACGUAAAUAUCGCAUUAUUGGUGGUGUCUACCGCAUAGACUAUCUAGAGACGCCACAACAGGAUAAACGACUCAACGAGCGCUCCUUUAUAAGAACUAUCAUUUCACCAGAUCACUUGAGUCAUAAAGUGUUUUACGAAAACUACAAACCACCACCGCCACCCCAGCCCGGCGUGCGCCGUUUACCUGAGGAAAUUGAAGCGGAGAUGCGCAUGGUUGAAGCGGCACUUGACAAAUUGGCACUGGUCAGCUUGGACUUGCCCGACUCUGUCAUCUGGUUCGAACCACCCAUUGUUUGUCGCUGGGAGACCAACUACGAAACGUUGGAAUCAAACCUGACAGAUGGCACAAAACCACCACUCGGGCAUGCCGUCAACACAACGGCAACACCCACCGAUGUCACACCACUCUCGACCACAACCAAUGCCAGUCCACUCAAGGGCUCACCACGUUUUCCCGCAAAGCUACGUAAACGCAGUUCACAAAAGUCAACAAUGGAAUCUGAAAUGCUGACAGCAGUGGGUGCUGUGCGUGAGGUCACCGACUUCGACCUCUUCAGCAUACCGCGUGGCAUCGACAUCUAUGGUAUGUUGCAAGACUUUGUCGUGCCACGUUUGCCACCUGGCUUCUGCUUGCGUUGGGAGAAGUCAACACCAGUUUUGAGUAGUAAAAUGAUGGUGCGUCAACAGCGCAAGCAAAAGAAAAGACGACAACGUCAAGGCAACACUGGACAACGUUUGGUUAUGUUAGCGCGGCAUCGAAGUGUGAACAGAGCAGAUGAGGAGAUAGCCUUGUGGACGACGUCUGCAACUACGACGGCAAGUGGUUGCUUUAAGGGCGCACUUCAAACGCGUCAAGAAUACAUAACGACCGAGUAUUUGGACUGGGAUGAGCCGCGUGAACUUUUUCCAAUAGUCGAGACGAAAAAGUUGAUUAAAUUUAAAGAUAACACAACGGUCAGCAGCGCUGUGGUCAAGGAGCAGCAGACGGCAAAUACUGGUAGUCAAGAUGAAACCAAGAAGAAUGUGAAUUCCACGAAAAUAAAUAACGUCGAAACAAAGCCACGAAAUGGUGGCGCCGCAAAUGGUAAUGGAAACGGGAAUGGGCAUAGAAAUGGAUUUAAAAAAGAGCUUGGAAAUGUGCAGUCGCUCGAUAAAAACGGUAAUGGGCGCACUAAUGGUGAUAGCGGCGGGACGGAUGCCUCAAGACGCAGUUCUAAGGUAGCAGCUGAGAUUGAACAUAAGAAAGUAGAAGCAGCUCGUCCGAAGAAAACUUAUAUGUUCUCGAAAUUGCUUGAGGAUUUGGAUCGCCUUGGUGAACUGCAGCUGCCACUACAAACGGAUGCGCUCAAAAGAAUUUCGGCUAAUCUGACUUCGCCACCCGCAAACGGCAAAAGUGACGCACGUGCUGUCGCCUCCACUGUCGACGCAGCUGCUGUUGCGGCAGGCGCUAGUGGUGGCCAAGAGGCUCACAGCGAAGCACAGGAAACAUUACAACCGGCAUUCACCUACUAUCCGGGCUUUUCGUUUCUACGUGAUUUGGAUGCAAAAAAUGGCGCAGAUAAUAAAGGCACAAACGGUGCGGCGGCCGGGGAGGAGGAGGACGACGAUGAAGACGAAGCAAGCAGCAGCGAUGAAUAUAAUGAUGAAGAUGACUAUGACGAGGAGGAUGGUUGGAAUGAUGAAGCAUUGCUGGAGAAUUUUGUCGUCGGUGCACGUAAGGAUGUGUCGGUGGCAAAUUUAAAUUCGCUACUCAGUGGUGAUAGUAAAAGUGGUGGAGGAGGUGCUGGAGUAGGUGCAGGAGCAGGUGCUCAAUCGACAGGCAGUCUACAGCAAAUGCUUGACAAGCACAAUCGUAGUGAGAGUGACAGUAGUGAUGGCAAAAAAUACAAAGCAAACAAUCUGAUCGCUCUAACACAAGGCAAAUGGAGUACACGUGAUGUUCACGAUGCCAAAUUUAAUGAGGAAAAGCUUUCGCUACAAUUUCGUACAGGACGUUUGGGCAUAUUUGGUUUGGCACUAAAUCGUUACAGCAACAUGCCGUAUCAAACGUGGGAAAUAAAGCCAGAUUUUAAAAGUCCCGGCACGAUUUUCUUCAGUUUCACCGCCUCCAUUAUAAGCCUCGAUAUGAACAUAACUUCAACGGGUUAUUGCGUCAAUAAUUUUCAAGGUGGCAGCACACCAGGGAUCAAUGAUCUUAUAGGCAAAACGCUCUCGCUUGCUGAACUCAAGUCGACACUCAUCGCAGCGGCCGUAGAUAUUUUUCCAGAACCCGAUACGUUUUGCUACACCGAAGGUACUUGUGAGAAGAAUUUCGUCAUGGAAAUGCAUUUGUAUGCGUGUAUGUCGACGUUGGUGCAAUCGCACAAUUUCAGUUGGUCCCGUUGGAAUCUGCUGGCGGGUAGUCGUACGAUUGUGCUGCUUAUGCGAGAGCUAAUCGAAGGCAAGAAAGUGCCAUAUCAUUCCACUCUGUUGGUGACACCUCUUAAGAGCGCCAUUAUCGACUGCACGGAGGUUUCACCGAGUUUCAAUUCAGCCGGCAUUGCUGGCAUGGAAUACUAUGCCGAUCUCUAUCAGCUGUCGCAAGUUUAUGCGCUUCCCAGCAGCCUCGAGAAGCAAAGGAAUAUGGAUCCAAUGUUGCGUGAGAAUGUGGCGCGCAUAUUAAUGGCUAUAAGACCGUUGAGCUUUUGUUAGAGAUCUAUAACCUUGUAA